AUGGCCAACAAGGAUAAAGUUUCAGAGCUUCUGGAGUCUACUCACAAAUCAACCUGCUUACCACCCACUUUCUUACCAAAGGUGAAGGAUCAAGGGAAAUUCACUCUCCCUUGCACACUUGGGCAUCUUGAGCUUGACAAUGCCUUGGUGGAUUCUGGAGCAAGCAUCAAUCUGAUCUCUCUCUCAAUGGCAGAAAAGCUAGGCAUUGCUGGAGCAUUGCAGCGCCCUACUACUUCAAUCAUGUUUGGAGAUGCAACUUCUAAGUCUCCUCUUGUGUUCAAGAACUAUCACUUGAAAAUAGGAGAAUCACUACAGGAAAUGUGGGUAUUAAUAGCGGCCGUUAAACGCUAUGAGUUCAAAAAUAUAGCGUUUCCUAAAAUACUCUGA